UCAUUUACUCCUCGUUUCAUCCUCCCCCUCCGUUGGCCUGGUACUUCCUUCUCGACGGAGGGAGAGAGAUUGAGGUCGGGAUCUCUUUAUUUUAUUUUUUUUACCGGCGACUGCGUUCGCCUCCGAUCAAGAUGGCUGUUGAUAUGAUGGGCUACUCGAAGAUGGAUGACCAGAUCGCGAUCCAGGAGGCGACCGCCGCGGGGCUCCGGAGCCUGGAGCACCUCAUCUUCCAGAUCUCCCACCGCAAGUCCCAGCAGCUCGACUGCCGCGAGAUCACCGAUCUCACCGUCUCCAAGUUCAAGAAGGUCAUCUCCAUCCUCAACCGCACCGGCCACGCCCGCUUCCGCCGUGGCACAACGGCAGCGCCUCCCCCGCCCCCCUCGCCGGCGACUCAGACCCUGACCCUAUCCCCGAUUCCCCUCCAGGCGCAGCCACCCCAGCCGGCGGUUCCGCCUCCGCCUCCCCAGACCCUGACGCUGGACUUCACCAAGCCGAAGCCGGGCCCGUGCUCCGUCGUCGUUGGAGGCGGCGACAUCGCCACCAGCCAGUACACCAAGGAGAGCUUCAGCAUCUCGACCCCGAUGUCUUCGACGAACUCUUCGUUCUUGUCGUCCAUCACCGGCGACGGCAGCGUCUCCAACGGCAAGCAGGGAUCGUCCCUCCUCCUCCCCCCAGUCGCCCCCUCUGCCGCCGUCUCCGCCGGCAAGCCGCCCCUCUCGUCCUCCUACAAGAAGAAGUGCCACGAGCACGCCCACCCCGAGCUCGUCUCCGGCAAGUACGCCGUCACCGGCGGCCGCUGCCACUGCUCCAAGAGAAGGAAAUCUCGGGUGAAGAAGACGAUCAGAGUGCCGGCGAUAAGCUCGAAGAUGGCCGACAUCCCUCCCGACGAGUACUCGUGGCGCAAAUACGGGCAGAAGCCCAUCAAGGGCUCCCCUUACCCGCGGGGCUAUUACAAGUGCAGCAGCCUGAGGGGUUGCCCUGCGAGGAAGCACGUCGAGCGGGCGCCGGACGACCCUUCGAUGCUGAUCGUAACGUACGAAGGGGAGCAUCGCCACACCCAGAACCCUGUACCCGAUCCCACCGAUGCUCUCAUGUUCGCCUCCUCCCGCGAGAUCUGAUCCGAUCUGAUCGAGCGGUUGCUGCGAUGUCGUCCGUCCAUCCGAUGGUCCUUCCAAUGUCGUGCGAUGUCGGACGCGCUCCAUGUUUUUUUUUUUUUUUGUGUAAAUCCUUUUUUCGUCUCCGAGUUUAGAACUUCGGAGAGGUUUGAUAUUAUGUAAAAAGGAAUCGGGAAGUUUGAAAAGAAAAAUCGUGGAAAUUUGGCCAAAACGAGCGGAUCACUGGAGUGGGAGCAAAGGCCACGGAAUUGAAGCCGUUGUCGCGGAGUGCCAUUUCCUGAAGCGGAUUUGAGAGUGGUUUCGAGUCCGGGGAUCGCGUUCCCUCGUCCGGCGUGCCGGGUGGUGGUCAAAAGGCGUGGCUAUCCGCCAGGUGGGGCCCAUGAGCUGUAAGACUGUAACCGUAUUUUGGGUGGGAAUCGGUCAAUCGGGGUGGUGGGGGCCGUGCGAGUGGUGGUGCUGGUGGUGGGGGCGGUGGUCCCCGCUGUCUCUCUUUUGUCUUCGUUGACUGGCGUCAGCUUUAAUGAACUGUGAAUAAUAUGCCGUUUUUCCAAAAUUACAAUUUGACCCCUCAGCUUUGCCCAAA